AAGGUGUCAACUUUUAGGCCUUUGGAACUUUUUUCGUACUUUUGAGUUGACUUUAAAUUAUAUUAUAAUUAUUAUAAAUAGCUUUAACAUAAAUUUUAUUCAUAUCACUGUGUAGCUAAGUACGUAUAAGUCGCCCGUUAGAAACAUUAUUGAUAGUUUCAUUCAGCAAAACGUUUACAUAAUACUUUCGGCAUAGAAAUGAGGAUUUUUCUUUUAAAAACUGUGUCGGAUACGAUCGGAAGGCGAUUUUUAUCAACUAAAAAUGUAAGGAAAGUUACCCAUUGCAUCUUUGAUAUGGACGGCUUGUUAUUAGAUACUGAGUUGGUGUAUAAAAAGAUGAUAACGCAGUUAUGUGCUAAAUACGGACAUGAAUACACUGAUGAACUCAUGAUGAAGGUGCUGGGGGGGACUGAACAGCGUCUAUCGGAAAUUCUAUGCAAAGAGCUGAAACUGCCAGUAACUCCAAAAGAGUUUAGGGACGAAUUACUUGUGAUGGGAGACACUAUGCUGGCAAACGCACCAUUAUUAGAUGGAGCUGAAAGGCUAAUCCGACACUUACACGAAACUAAAGUACCUUUUGCAUUAGCAACAUCGUCAAGUGAUAGAUCAGUGAAAACAAAAAUAGCAAGCUACAAGGAACUAUUCAGUUAUUUCAAUCAUAUGGUCAUGGGGAGUACGGAUAAGGAAGUCAAGUUUGGGAAGCCGAACCCUGAUAUAUUUUUAGUGGCUGCAUCACGGUUCCCUGAUAAACCUGAACCUAGCAAGUGUUUAGUCUUCGAAGAUUCACCGCACGGCGUAACAGCAGGGAUUUCAGCUGGCAUGCAAGUAGUAAUGGUACCAGACCCACAUUUAGACAAAAGACUGACAACCCACGCGACAAUAGUGUUGCCAACGCUAGCAAAAUUCCAACCAGAAAUAUUUGGGUUGCCAGCGUUCAAGUCGUAACUAGUAAGACGUACUUGUAUAAUAUUGUAGUAUUAGCUGUGAAGUAUUUAGUAUAGAGCUGUUUAUUGUCUUCCAGGUUUUGUAUUCAAAUGUAUUUUUUUUUAUAAAUGUUGUGAAUAAUUUUGAAAAGUUUUGACAUACUGUACUGUAAACAUUUAACAUACUGUAAACGCAUACAAAUUUACAGUAUAUAAAAUGUGUAACACAAGAUAGAAUUCAAUUUAUAAGUUAAGUUAAAAUAUCUAAUUGUGAUUCAGUUUUUUAAGCUGUGUUCAAUUACUUACUAACAUAUCUAAAAUGACCAGUUAGAAAGCCAAUGUCUUGUAAGUUAUACUUGUAUACGUAGUAUAUUAUUAUUAGUCUGUGGUUAUACAUUAUAAGUGAAACUUAAUUGCAGAAAUUUUGCUGCAGUUUUUAUUACCUAUACUAGAAUCUGCCGUAUAUCAGUAAAUUAAUAAAAGGUUGACCAUUAUGUAAACGGGUAGAUUAUUAAAAUAGUCAUUGAUGGUUAGAAAUACAUAAUAAUAUGUAACAGUUUGAGUUGAUUUAGAAUGAAUAUGUAUUGAUUUGUAUUUAAUCCAUUUAUGUCCCGAAUAAAUCAAAAAUUGUGUUUUUACUUGUGGAAUAUGAUCUCAUCACUUAUUAUUGUAAACUAAUACAUAGUCUUAUUUCAUAUGAAGAUUGAAAUAUCCAACUAUGAAAAUCUAAGAUAUUUAUUAAAACCAUACACAAUAUUGUUAUCUAUGUAAAUGUAUUAAAUCAAAAUCAAUAAUAUUUAAAAGUAUAUCACAACUGUGGUAUAAUAUGGGUAGUGCUUAAAAUACCUAAAAAUAUUUAUCCUUAUGUGCCAACACAUAGCUAAAUGUUAGCCCAUAUAUGACCAUAAUGUAAUAUUAUAAUUAAAAAAGUGUAUAAAAGUUAUUAGUGCUUUGAGAAUAAUUAAUAUAUUGAAAUGUGGCGAAUUAGCCACAUUUUAGUUCAGUUUCUUUUUUGUCUUAAAAGUUGAAUCAUGCCCUUUUUAACGUCUAAAUUGUGUGAGCGUUAGCGUGCCGUUUUUGAAGAUAUGUUGUGUUGGUAACCUAUCUACACCUUUUUACUUAUAAUAUCAUUGCCAUAAUGUAGGUAAUUUUACCUUAUACAUGGUGUUUUUAAGCAUGUUAUGACUCCAACAUAUUUUUUUUACUUUAAGCAUCUUUUUUUAAUAAUAAUUUGCUGCCAUAUAAAAAUGUUUAAGAACAACAUAAUGUUCUUUAAUCUAAAGCAUAUCAGUCAUAAUGUAUAUUUUAGCUUUAAUAAAAUUUUUGAUGUGCAUAUAGCGAUUUUUUUUAAUCAAUAUUUUUGAUGUGACAGAUAUAAUUGUAAAAUAAUAAUUUCGUAGCAAAUAUUAACAAUUUUAUCAAAGCAUGGACUUAUUAUCAGAUUUACUAAAUCAUUGCACAUUACAUUUUCUGUAUGUUUUAAAAUAACAAAUGUGUUUUAUUAUAUUUUGCCAUACAAUAUCCAGGGUAGAUAAAGAUACAUAUUUGUAUCUUUCUUUAGACUUUAAGCUAUUCAAGUAUGUGCUAGUUCUACUGUGUUUU